GUGUUCUUCAUUUCUGAAAACAGAUUCCAUUUCGAACAGAAAUUUCUCAUUCGAAGUCAUUGUACCAGUUAGCACUAGAGAUCGGCAGAGAAGAAGAUGAUGAGGCAAAGAGAUGCAGAAUCUGAGCUAAAUUUACCACCAGGUUUUAGAUUCCACCCAACAGAUGAAGAACUCAUGGUUCAUUACUUGUGUCGCAAAGUCACACAUCAAGCUCUGCCUGUUCGUAUCAUUGCCGAGGUUGAUCUCUACAAAUAUGAUCCAUGGUCACUUCCAGAUAAGGCUCUCUUUGGAACGAAAGAAUGGUACUUCUUUACUCCAAGGGACAGAAAAUACCCCAACGGUUCAAGGCCGAACAGAGCAGCCGGAAGAGGAUACUGGAAAGCAACAGGUGCUGACAAACCAAUCAAACCACCAGGUCAUCCUUCUAAUGUUGGAAUAAAGAAAGCACUAGUCUUCUACUCCGGUAAAGCUCCCAAAGGAAUUAAGACUAAUUGGAUUAUGCAUGAGUAUCGGUUAGCAGAAGAACCAAAUAGGUCAUCCAAGAAAAAUGGCAGUCUAAGGCUUGACAAUUGGGUUCUUUGCCGGCUAUACAACAAGAGGAACAACUGGGAGAUGAUACCGAAGGAACCGAAACUACAAGUGAUAGCUGAAGAAAAUAUGGAAUCAGCCAUGGGAUCAGAUAGUUUUACGAGUAUAGAAUCCGAAGUGGAGGAUGAUUUCCAUUCGGAUGAUCAGACUGUUGUUCCAAAUACUAGGCUGGAUAAUGAGCGUCAAAUAGCUGACAGCGAAUAUAAAGAGCCAACGACAACAGUAUUUUCUAGUGAUACUAGUACGGUGGUUACAGAAGGCUUCAAGUUAGAAAUGGAAGACGGAGAAAAUGACUGGUUUAUGGGACUGAAUUUGGAUGAUUUGCAGAGUUCUCUUUCUGAAUUUGAAUCAUCGAUGUUACCGACUACUCAUCACAACCAUCAGGGAUACUCGUUCUCAUGAGUGUGCCCUAUCCUUUCCACAUUUUUGAAGCAGCCUAACAGAAGAGUAUAAAGGAUAUUAGUAUUUGAUUACGCUCGACUCCCAAAUUUCAAGUCUCAAGGCCAUGUCAUGAACUUGUUGCAUCAUUGCUGUAUGAAACGUAUAAUCUACACUCUGUUAGAAAUAUAAAACAUUUUUUAGUUUUAAAUUUUUAUUUAUUAUUAGCAAAUUUUAGUA